AUGUCCGGGUUCAGCCCCGAGCUCAUCGAGUACCUGGAGGGGAACAUCUCCUUCGAGGAGUUUGAGAGGCGCCGGGAGGAGCGGAAAAGCCGCGAGAGGCAGGAUGGAGAAAAUGUGCUCGCUGAGGAAAACGUAGACGAUACUGAUGGUCCAUCUACUUCUGGGCAAGGAUCGAACGUGGCACUUGAGGGUCACAGUGAAGUUGAAGAGGAGACGUCGGAUGGGGUCAGUAAAUCUGUCCAUCGAGUUUUUGCUUCCAUGAUGGGAGAAAAUGAAGAAGAGGACGAUGAAGAAGAGGACGAUGACGAAGAAACCUCGGAACAACCUACAGCGGGAGAUGUUUUUGCCCUGGAGAUGGUGCUUAAUAGAGAAACUAAGAAAAUGAUGAAAGAAAAACGACCCCGCAGUAAACUGCCCCGUGCCCUGAGAGGUCUCAUGGGGGAAGCCAACAUUCGGUUUGCUCGUGGAGAACAUGAAGAGGCCAUUCUGAUGUGCAUGGAGAUCAUCAGACAAGCUCCUCUUGCGUAUGAGCCAUUCUCAACGCUCGCCAUGAUUUAUGAAGACCAAGGAGAUAUGGAGAAAUCUUUGCAGUUUGAACUGAUCGCUGCUCACUUAAACCCCAGCGACACCGAGGAGUGGGUGCGGCUCGCGGAAAUGUCGCUCGAGCAGGACAAUAUUAAGCAGGCCAUUUUCUGCUAUGCAAAAGCCCUGAAAUAUGAUCCUACCAACGUGCGCUACCUGUGGGAGAGGUCAAGCCUAUAUGAGCAGCUGGGGGAACAUAAGCUGGCAAUGGACGGUUACAGGCGCAUUUUGAAUCUUCUGACCCCUUUUGAUGGCGAUCGCUUUAUGCAUUUGGCAAGAGAUAUGGCAAAGAGUUACUAUGAGGCCAGUGACAUCGCAGCUGCAAUUGAGAUCAUGGAGGAAGCAUUCAGCAAACACCAGAACCUUGUGUCUGUGGAAGAUGUUAAUAUAGCUGCAGAACUGUAUAUUUCUAACAAGCAGUAUGACAAAGCAUUGGCGGUCAUUACGGACUUUUCAGGGAUUGUGCUUGAGAAGAAAGAGGAAGAAAGAGAGUCAUCUGUAGAGAAUGAAGAUCCAGUUGAAGCGGAGCAGGGACAAGAACCAACAGCCGACCACGAAGAUGGUGCACGCACAACCAGUUCUGCUUCUUCAGAAAAAGUUACCUGUUCUAUUCCGGAGGGGGUUCCCAUUGACAUUACUGUGAAGCUCAUGGUUUGCUUGGUGCACUUGAACAUCUUGGAGCCUCUCAACCUUCUGCUGACCACUCUAGUGGAACAAAACCCUGAGGAUAUGGGAGAUUUGUACCUUGAUGUGGCAGAAGCAUUCCUUGAUGUCGGGGAAUAUAAUUCUGCGCUCCCUCUCUUGAGUUCCUUGGUCUGCUCGGAAAGAUACAACUUAGCUGUCGUGUGGCUCCGCCAUGCAGAGUGCUUGAAGGCGUUGGGCUACAUCGAGCACGCAGCGGAGAGCUACGCCAAAGUGGUCGACCUGGCCCCUCUGCACUUGGACGCCAGGAUUUCCCUCUCUACCCUUCAGCAGCAGUUGGGCCGGCCCGAGAAAGCCCUGGAAGCGCUGGAGCCCAUGUACGACCCGGACACGCUGGCGCAGGAUGCGAAUGCCGCCCAGCAGGAGUUAAAAUUGCUGCUCCAUCGUUCGACGCUGUUGCACUCUCAGGGCAACAUGUACGGCUACGUGGAUUCUCUGCUCACCAUGCUGGCCAUGCUCCUCAAGGUAGCGAUGAACCGAGCUCAGGUGUGUUUAAUAUCCAGUUCCAAGUCCGGAGAAAGGCAUCUCUAUCUUAUUAAAGUAUCGAGGGAUAAAAUCUCAGACAGUGAUGACCAAGAAACUGCCAACUGCGAUGCAAAAGCGAUCUUUAUGGUGCUGACCAGCGUGCUGCCGAAGGACGACUGGUGGAACCUCCUCCUGAAGGCCAUCUAUGCCCUCUGCGAUCUCUCUCGCUACAAGGAGGCAGAACUCCUCGUAGACUCUUCACUGGAAUACUAUUCCUUCUACGACGACCGGCAGAAGCGCAAAGAACUGGAGUACUUUGGCCUUUCGGCUGCGAUUCUGGACAAGAAUUUUAGAAAAGCUUACAAUUACAUCAGGAUCAUGGUCAUGGAACAUGUCAAUAAACCGCAGCUCUGGAACAUCUUCAACCAGAUCACCUUGCACUCACAAGAUGUCCGGCACCACCGCUUCUGCCUACGACUGAUGCUGAAGAACCCCGACAACCACGCGCUUUGCGUCUUAAACGGCCACAAUGCUUUUGUGUCUGGCAGUUUCAAGCACGCUCUUGGGCAAUACGUACAAGCUUUCCGCUCUAAUCCGGAGGAGCCGCUCUUCAACCUCUGCAUCGGGCUGACUUUCAUCCACAUGGCGUCUCAGAAGUAUGUGCUGAAGAGGCAUGCGCUUAUAGUCCAGGGUUUCUCCUUCCUCCACCGAUACCUCCACCUCCGGGGCUCUUGCCAAGAAUCUUUGUACAAUUUGGGCCGUGCUCUUCACCAGCUGGGUUUGGUUCAUCUGGCCAUUCACUACUACCAAAAGGCACUGGAGCUUCCCCCGCUGGUCUUGGAGGGAAUAGAUGCUGACCAGACAGACUUGCGAAGGGACAUCGCCUUCAACUUAUCGCUCAUCUAUCAGAGCAGCGGGAACAUUAGAAUGGCUCGGAAGCUGCUGUACACCCAUGGGGCCGUGUGA